UUCGCCCCCUUUAGCAAAGCAACCCAUCCCAUAUUUGAAUUUAAAAUAAAAAAAAUAAAAAAUUCAAAAACGAAAAGUACCGUUGGCCAACGAUCAAAAAUCCCUCCCAAUUUCAUUCAUAUAUAUAAUGCACACACAGAAUUGAAAGACUCUCAACAAUCUCUCUCUCUCUCUCUCUCUCUUGUUUCUAUCGAUCGAUACUGUUCCAAGAAUCUGAAGAUGGCAACACCGGAGGCCACAGUCACUAUGUCGGCCAUGGAUGCUUUCGAGAAGCUGGAGAAGGUUGGAGAAGGAACUUAUGGAAAGGUGUAUAGAGCUCGAGAGAAGGUUACUGGAAAGAUCGUUGCUCUCAAAAAAACCCGUCUCCAUGAGGACGAAGAAGGUGUUCCUCCCACUACUCUCCGUGAGGUCUCCAUCUUGCGAAUGCUCUCCAGGGAUCCUCAUAUCGUCAGGUUAAUGGAUGUGAAACAAGGGUUGAAUAAGGAAGGGAAGACAGUUCUGUAUUUGGUAUUUGAGUAUAUGGAGACUGAUCUCAAGAAAUUCAUUCGUUCAUUUCGUCAAACUACGGAGAAAGUCCCUCUUGAUACCGUCAAAACUCUGAUGUUCCAGCUUUGCAAAGGUGUAGCCUUUUGCCAUGGUCACGGGAUCUUACACAGGGAUCUUAAGCCACACAAUCUACUCAUGGAUCGGAAGACAAUGAUGCUUAAAAUUGCAGAUCUUGGGUUAGCUCGAGCCUUCACUGUUCCACUUAAGAAGUAUACUCACGAGAUAUUGACUCUCUGGUACAGAGCUCCUGAAGUCCUUCUGGGGGCUACUCAUUAUUCAACUGGAGUGGAUAUGUGGUCUGUUGGUUGCAUAUUUGCUGAGCUAGUCACCACACAAGCACUCUUCCCAGGAGAUUCAGAGCUUCAGCAACUCCUACACAUAUUCAAGUUAUUAGGAACUCCCAACGAGGAAAUGUGGCCAGGAGUAAGCAAGUUAAUGAACUGGCAUGAAUAUCCCCAGUGGAGCGCUCAAAGUUUGACCAAGGUUGUUCCUAACUUGGACAACGAUGGAUUGGAUCUGUUGAGGCAAAUGUUGCAGUAUGAACCCUCAAAGCGUAUCUCAGCAAAGAAAGCUAUGGACCACCCUUACUUUGAUGGUCUCAACAAGGAUGCUCUCUAAUAACUAAACAAAACCACAAGAGUGGGAUUGACUUGGAGACGGGGGUUGCUGCUAUAUGCUUUCUGAGGGGUUGCUAUUUGAUUUUGCUUUUCUCAAGCAUUGUUAUAUUUCUAGUUACGUGAUAGUAAUAGUUGGUGGUACUGUACUGGUAAUUGUAACAACUUGAUAAACUUGUGUGUAGUAAGAAGACAAAGUAUUACGCAAAUUUUAUUUCCCUCAAGUUGUGGGACUCAUUUCCAUUUUACUAUAAAAUGAGAUUCUUGCAAGUAAA